AUGGCCAAGGAACUCCCCGCUUCAAUAUGGCUUCCGUCACUGAGUGAACUAGACCUAGAGGGAUCUGGGUUGGAGAAGCGAAUUGGAUAUCUCACAACUUUGACAGAUUUAGAGUUCUUCAGCGGUGAUGUCUCUAGGCAGCAAAUACCAUCAUGGAUCGGCAAUCUUACGAAGCUGACAUAUUUGGAUCUCAGUUAUUGCAAUUUCUCAGGGCCGAUACCCUCAAUAAUUGGGAACCUGAUCCAACUUGAAGAGCUGACGCUUUCUUGGAACUACCUCACCGGAAACAUUCCAGAGUCUCUGUUCGCCCUUCCAGCCCUGCAAUAUCUUUAUCUUGAUACGAAUCAGCUUUCCGGUUCCUUGGAAGACUUUCCUCAUCCUUUAUACUCAGGAUUGUCGCAAAUCAACACAAUUAUCCUAAGUGAUAACCAAUUGGCAGGCCCAAUACCAGAAUCACUUUUUCAGCUUAGAAACCUUCAGUAUCUGUAUCUCGACUCAAAUAAAUUGAUGGGUACAAUAAAACUUAGCUCUAUCUGGGGGUUGACAAAUCUCACUGAGCUUGACCUGUCUAACAAUUUGAUAUCGCUCAUAGACACCAAAGGUGAUACUAUAGCUCCUUAUCUUCCUAAUAUCGAGUACUUAGCUUUUGCAUCUUGCAAUCUUAAAAAACUUCCAGCUGCAUUGAGAUAUCUUGACACUAUUACAGACCUUGACCUUUCUAAUAACCAAAUUGAAGGGGCCAUACCAAGUUGGGUGUGGGAGAACUGGAAGGACCAACUUACCACUUUGGAUCUUUCACACAAUAUGUUGACUACAUUAGAGAAGUCACCUUCUCUUGUUCAUAUGACGACUUUAGCCUUUCUUGAUCUCAGUUCUAAUAGACUUGAAGGAACCAUACCAAUACCAGUAACCCGGUCUAGGGUUGUUGUGUUGGAUUACUCAAACAAUAGCUUCUCCAUUGUAUCUAACUUUGGCAGGCAUCUUACGAAUGCCAUCUAUAUCAAUUUGUCCAAGAAUAAAUUAAGGGGCCAUAUACCAGCAUCGAUUUGUAGUUUGAACAAACUUGAUAUCAUGGACUUAUCUUACAACUACUUUGGCGGACCAGUCCCAUCAUGUCUCAUAGAAAGAGGAAGCCUGACUGUAUUAAAAUUAAGAGAAAACAGAUUGCAUGGGGUGCUGCCAAAAAAUAUUGGAGAAGGAUGUAAGCUUGAAACAAUAGAUCUAAAUGGAAAUAGAAUUGAAGCUUGGGCGGGUACUCUUCCAAACCUUCGAGUUCUUGUAUUGAGAUCUAACCAACUCAAUGGCACUAUAAGGGAUCUUCAUAGUGUCAAUGAAAAGCACUAUUACAAACACCCAGUGCCAAAGGAUGAAAUGUAUCAAGAUAUUUUCACUACCACAUACAAAAAUUUUGAUUUUACUUUGACCAAAAUCCAGACCGCUUUGAAAGUAAUUGAUUUCUCAGAUAACACAUUUAAUGGUUCCAUUCCCAAGUCAAUUGGCAGGCUUGUUUCACUGCAUGGACUUAAUAUGUCACACAACAACUUCACGGGACAGAUUCCAUCACAGCUGGGUAACUUGACUAGGCUGGAAUCUAUGGAUCUCUCUUGA